UUAACUGCGAUGGCCAUUUCGGCACGGUUUUCUCGAGGCCUUACUGUCCUCCUUUGCUCGCUAGGAGCAUUUACAGCGAUCGUAGCGUUGCUCGCUCUAUUUCUCGGGAAUUCCAGAGCCUACUUCACAACUGCGGCCGGCGCAAAGUCGUGGAGCACGUAUGACCCCCCGGUCCCGCGCAACAUAACCGGCACCAUCACCAUCCACAUUACACGUGCAAUAGUCAUUCGCUCCCGUUCCAAUAAGAGCAAUGCGCGUGUGGCGUCACUGCAGCGCAACUUUGCUCGCUACAAACUGCCGCCGGUGGAGUUCCUGUACGCCAAAGCACCCGGCUACCUCUCAUACACCUGGCUGGCUUGGCGUGGCGUGUUCCACCCCAAGUUCAAGGACCAUCACAGCGAUGCGCAGAUAUCCCUCGCACUAGCCAUGUACGAGGCCUUUGAGCGCGUGGCUCGGGGCAGCGAUUCCUGGGUGUACGUGUUCGAGGACGACGCGCGGGUGGUCAACGUGCCGCUUGGGGGCGACCUGGUCACCUUGCGGGACGUGCCCGCGGACGCCGAGUUCCUGGCCGUGUCGCGGCAACACAACCGCGUGCACAACGGCAGCUUCGCGCCUGCGGAGCCGGUCAUAGGCGGCGGGCUCAUGCAGGCGCUGCUCGUGAGCCGGGAGGGUGCGCGCAAGCUGGUGCAAGCGCUCAAGCCCAUCUGGGCGCCCAACGACGUCAUCCUGUACAAGGCCGGGUGCGCCUGGGUGCCGCAGCCGUUGGGCCACCAGUCCGCCUACGACCUGGAGCGUGACUUCGGGGCAGAGAAGAAGAUGCCGGGCAUCAAGAACCAGCGACUACAACCCUGCGUGAACAUGUACUACUCGACACGGCUGUUCGACCAGACCAGCAACCCCACGCCGCCCUGUCGCACCGGCAACAUGACGCUGGCCCAGGUGCACGAGCGCAUGAUGGCCAGGACAUGCGGGUACGCCAUUCCGCCGGAGGACUGGGUGGACGAGACCACCUCAAUCUAUCGGUGAUCUGAAUGUGCGGCAGUAAGCAAGGGGCAUUCAAGGACGAUGCCUAGCAAGGAUUGGCAUGUGGCCACAGGUUGAUAUGCCAUAGCAGCACUAGGCCAACAAAGAGAUUUCAGACCAGAUGCGGGAUUGUGUUCUUCCUGGUCGUGAAGGCCACGCCGUUAGCAUACCGUAGUAGUUUCGGCCAGUGCAAGGCACCAGGGCAAGGCAACAGUGGCAUACUGGCAUACUGGUAGUCUUGCGUGCGCGCAAGGCACGCAAGACACGGGUCAUUCAACUGUGAGUUUGCUUGGGAGGGACACAAUGUGUGCAGGUCACUAGUGAAGCUCAUGGAUGGAUGUCAUUCACCGUCUUGCCG